AUGUUGCUAGAACGAUUAUUGGUGCCUGUGAUCUGCCUUGGAAUAGAAGUAUUUGUUCGUGUACUGGGUGAAGAAGUUGAAAUACGGCAGAUAGCUACUGAUAAGGGUACGGAGAAUGUGACGAUACCUUGUGGAAGUGAGCCCCUGUUACCAGCUGUAAACGUACAGUGGGUACACAAAGGCAAUCGCACGCACCAUGAUGUUCUGGUGAGUACUUUGCCAACAUAUCAUUAA